UCUUGCUCUUCUAUGUUUGUUUACUCACAUUGGCUUUUGCUUCCACAACAAGCAAGCAAGCAAACGAAAACGGAGAAAAUGAGAAGCACAAGAAGUAGCGUGGUGGAAGAAGAAGAAGAAGAACACCUUCAUGAAGGCUCGAAAGUGGAGGUUUUCUUCUCCAAGGAAGACGGUUUGCAGAACGCUUGGCUGUCGGCCGUCGUUCUGAAAACACCACCACCACCACCACCGUAUUGUUCUCCAUCAUCAUCGUCGGAGAUGAAGAAGAGAAAGACGAGCUCCGAUUCCAAGGUUUUGGUCCGGUACGAUCACUUGCACACUGUUGCCCGAAACCACCACCGGAAACCACCCAUCACCCAAUACGUGAAGCCGUUUUUCAUCAGGCCAUUGCCACCACCUGAAGAUCCUGAUCAGCAGGUGAUUGAGCUCAAUGAAAUUGUGGAUGCUUUCCACCGCAACGUUUGGUGGACCGGAGUCGUCAUCAAUGUCGUUGGGGACAAGUAUUAUGUGGAGUUCAAAAAUCCACCUGAUAUUUUGGAGUUGGUGCGCUCUCAGAUUCGGCUUCAUCGGAAUUGGGUACAGGGUACCUGGAAUAGUCCUCAGAAACACCAGAAAACAACAAGAUCAUCACUUUUCAACCCUGGGGAAGCAAUAGAAGUGAAUCUUGAAAAUGAACUUCCCUGCAUUGUUUGGUCACCAGCAAUUUUUCUUGGAGAAGUACGUCCAUACCAGUUCUUGGUGCAGUCUAAGAACUCCAAAAUUGAGGGAGAAGGUUUUCAUAAAAUAUCUGUAAAACUCCAUCAAAUUCGACCUCAUCCUCCACUAGCGGAAGUGAAAUUUGAUGUAUUUGAAAAGGUGGAUGCGUUUGAUGGUUUGGAUUGGUGGGUUGGAGUGAUUACCAAAGUUCUUACAUAGAAGGUAUUAUGUCAAUUUUAUGCGUGGAAAGAAGAUGAAGGAAUUCAAUCAGUCGGAACUGAGGCCGCACUUGCAAUGGGUUAAUGGACGAUGGGAUACAAAAUCGUUGGUACGUAUACUUUUUUCUUUACUUUAUUUGAUGGGAGGAAAGGAGGGGGGUUUUUGUUGGCUUUGUGGUUUUCUACGAGUUUGGAUAGUGAUAUGUUGGAAUGCUUCCUCUUUUUAAUUUUUUGUUUUCUUUAAUUUUUUAUGUGUAGGUUUAUAUUGAGGUGUUUUGCAUUUUAAUUUUGUAAGUUCUUAUAUUGCUAUCCAUGGAGAUGUUUGAUGUUGCGGACUUGGAUAGUUACAAAGAUGUGGCACUCCUUAAGUUUAUUCUUCAGGAAAAGUGACCUAAUUGAUGAUCCUGCUAGAGUUGUUACGCUCAUCUGCGACAAGUUUUACCCCCUUUUUUUU